ACCCUGCGCCCCUGUCCUGUCCCGCUUACCGCUCCAUGCCUGGACGCCUUGGUCUCGCGGCCUUCGCGCUCCAAGCCCUGUGCCCCUUUGUGCUGCCUCGCUCCGGAUGUCCCGACAUAUGGUCGGACGGAGAGACAGACUCCGGUCUGCUGCUCCCAGAGGGACGGGGUCCCGGCGCCCUGAGGCGCUGAGGCCGUGUGAACAGGUUGGCGUGGACCCGGGACCUUACCUUCCUGUGUGGGAGGAAUUCUGAGGCGAGGGGAUGACGGUACCGCUGCUCCUCCCCGGCCGGGCUACCCGGUCUCCGGGCCGCAGCGCUGCUGCUCAGCCUCUUGCGCGGGGCGAUUUGGACGCGCCGGGUUCGCAGUUCGCCGUGUUCGCGUUUCCACGUGCGUUUUUCUGCCGCGGAUUUGGAUAGAGAGCCUCGCAACACCGAACAAGCAAAACGCAUCUGAUGUUCAUACUGUGGCACUAUGAAGUUAGCAAAGUAGUGUCCCAAGCAGGUUUUUUUUUUUUUUUUUUUUUUUUAACUGCGUUAAUAGCGUGACGUAGGUUGACAGAAGCCGUCAACUGAAAAGGACUCGCUAGGCUCUUUCUGCUCCUUAUUUUCAAAUGGGGAAAAUAAAUCUAAAAAGAAAUACGCGAUACUGUUUAUCUUUCAGAUGUCCUUAACCAAAUAAAAUACAGGACAAAAAAAAAGGAUCUUGGGCAAAGCAUCAUAUAUGGCCAAGCUUUUAUGUUUGCUAGUCUUGUAUCUUCCUGUAAAAAAAGUAUGAUAUUAAAGUACAGGAGCACUAUGAACGAAGAGGAGCAGUUUGUAAACAUUGAUUUGAAUGAUGACAACAUUUGCAGUGUGUGUAAACUGGGAACAGACAAAGAAACACUCUCCUUCUGCCACAUCUGUUUUGAGCUAAAUCUUGAGGGAGUACCAAAAUCUAAUCUCUUGCACACCAGAUCAUUAAGGGGCCAUAAAGACUGCUUUGAAAAAUACCAUUUGAUUGCGAAUCAGGAUUGUUCUCGAUCUAAGCUUUCAAAAAGCACGUAUGAAGAAGUUAAAACUAUUUUGAGUAAAAAGAUAAACUGGAUUGUACAAUAUGCACAAAAUAAGGAUCUGGAUUCGGAUUCUGAAUGUUCUAAAACUCCCCAGCAUCACCUAUUUAAUUUUAGGCAUAAGCCAGAUAAAAAGUUAUUACCACAGUUUGACUCCCAAGUACCAAAGUAUUCUGCAAAAUGGGUAGAUGGAAGUACAGGUGGCAUCUCAAACUGUACACAAAGAAUUUUGGAGAAGAGGGAAAAUACAGACUUUGAGCUUGCUGUGUUACAAGAUGCUGGAACCACUUUUUGCCGUAAUAGUGUAUUGUGGCCUCAUAAUCACAACCAGGCACAGAAAAAAGAAGAGAGAAUCUGUAAUCCAAAGGCUGAUGUCCAGACCCAGCAGCCACAUUACAGCAGAGAGGAAUUGAAUUCGAUGACUCUUUGUGAGGUAGAGCAACUGAAUGCAAGGCUCCGCCAGCAAAUCCAAGAAGUUUUUGAAGAAUUAACACACCAAGUACAAGAAAAAGAUUCUUUGGCCUCAGAGCUCCAUGUCCGCCAUGUUGCCAUCGAACAGCUUCUCAAGAACUGUUCUAAGUUACCAUGUCUACAAGUGGGGCGAUCAGGAAUGAAGUCACACCUACCCAUAAACAACUGAACCAAACGUUAAUUUACUUCAUAUGCCCUACUGUUUAUUGAUCUGCCAGGCAUACAAACUUUGAAGAAAUGUGAAAAAAAAGUUAUGGUCCAUUCUUUUAUGGUCCUUACGUUUGCAGUGCUUAAGGCAUUAUUUAAUAUCUUGCCGAAUAAAGGAGAUCAUUAUAUGCUAAUUUUCUAGGGUUCAUUUUGGGAAUCUUUUUCCCAUAAUUACUAAAUGCCCCUCUCUCUACUCUUACCACAUGUGACUACUUAAAUAUGCUGUUACAAUGUGAUUUUACUAAACAUAUUUUAAUAUAAUUCACCAGUCAGAACAGAAAGUUAAACUCAGACUAGUCUGAACCAUUAAAGAUAGUUUUUAAGAGGGAAGUGGAAUUCAUGAUAUUCACCUAUUUAUUAAGAGCAAUAUUUUAAUAUGAAAAUUUUAUAUUUAAAAAUGCUAUUUUAGGUACCUUUCCAUUCUCUUUAUAAACGUGUAUUUGAAUAGCUCUGUAUAUGAUAUUUGCAUGUUUGUGUAUGAAUAUGUUCACCCAUAUUUCAGAUCACUGCAUUUUACUCUCUUAACAUAGUGUUUUUAUAACUGUUACCUUGUUUUCCAAAGAUAAAUGUAUUUUGGAGUAGAAAUCUAUCUAGUUGAAUUGUGUUUUAACUUCUAAUAAUGCUGAUGAAAGAUGAAUUAACAACUUUUUAAAGCAAGUAUCCAAGUAAAUAAAAUACAUUAUUUUUUUCUAACAGGCAGUUUUGAAUUAGCUCAAGAAGAAAAUGCUAAUACAGCCUUUUAAAGUUGACUUGUCUCCAUACAAGUAAAAGCCUCUUUUGCUUCAUAAUUACUUUCAAUGCUAGUUGCUUUGGUGUGUUAGAAUUGGGACAGUAAGUUAAACCUCACUUCAAAGUCAAAUGUAGUGUCUUAACUCUCUUCAAAUUGAGUGUGCUAUGAAAUGGGCCUGUCUUUGAGAAAAACUAAAAUUGUGUGCUACUUUGGGUAAAGAUUCAAGAUUUUUAAACUGUCCAAAUUCUCUAUUAACAUCAUUGAAAUUAGUGCCCCAAAAAAGCAUUAUGGGGUGCUUUUCUCUUGACACAGGGAAAACAACUAAUUCAAAAGAAUAAGCCCAUUUUUAAAAGGAUAGUCUUAAGUUGCCUAUGAUGUUUCCAAAGAGUUUUUAACUAAUACAUUAUCUCAGACAUCUAGAUAAGUAUUUUAAUAGUUAUUACAGUAAAAGCUAUAACCAGUGUAGGAUUAAAAUAGGUUCCAAAUUCUGUUUUUACCUGGUGCUUAGAGUGUAUUUAUAAGGGAGAUCCUUUGCUGGAACGAAUCUACAGAAAAGCCCAUUGUCUUGGCAGCUUCAGCAUAAAGCUAUGAAUGGCUUCUGCAUACCCUGGAUUGGGUACUAAUUUAGUCUUGAACACAAGCAGAAUUAGACUGAGCAAAAAAAAUCUCUCAAUCUGGUAGCAAACAACUUUUUUAAUGCUAAAACGUGUUAAACUUACCUGAGGGUAUUAAUUGGUAUCCCAUUGGUUGUGUGUUGUUGUUUUUCUUUCAAGUAUGAUGUAACUGCUUUUCUGGGUGGAGAUUUUGAAGGAUGCUCUCAAUUUCUCCCAACUCUUUGGGUCAUCCAAAAUUUAAGGUUCAGGAAGUGGGGAAGUAUUGCCUUAGAUUUGAUGAGCUUUAAACUUAAUGUGUGCAAUAUCAAAUUUUCUACAGAUUUACAGGUUGGAUAAAGCAUGUCCUGCUAAUGCAGUAAGUAUCUUAGUGAUUAGUUGUUAUGGGUCACAUUUUCAAAUUUGACUUUAUUCUUUUUUGGCAUAAUUCAUUAAGCUCGUUACCAGCCAGUGUGUUGGCACACAUUUAGACUUCUAUUUUGAUGACUUAGGGACAGUCAUAAAAGUUUGGGAUGUGUUGCAUAUUUCCAGAAUAUGAGCCAUAUAGUGUAGUCCUGAAUACAAGUGUUAUCCAAAGAAAGUGUUUGCUUUACUCUUGAAGAGUUAUUUCUUUAAAGAGUUUCUGGUGAAUAUGUUGCUUUCCUAAUGAGUUUGAAACAGUUUAAUGGGACUGUUCAUGCACUGAAGUCUUAAUUGGGGGACUCUGGUUUUUUUUCCAUAUAGAUAUUUCUACUUAAGCUCUUCAAAGCAAAGGUGCUUUUUAAAAAUCUCUGGUGCUGGUACUCACGUUAGUACUUCAUUUGGAUGAAUAUUCUAGUGAAAAAUUUUUUGUUGAAGUGUUUUGCACAGCAGUUUAUCCAAACAUUUGGUAAACAUACAUUCCUUGAAUAUGCAAUUAUUAUAUAUGCAAAUAAAAGGAUAAGGAUCAGAGUUAAGAGAACACAAAAUACCACAAAUAUCAGUUUUCAUAACUGGCUUUUCUUCUCUUCAGUUGUUAGUGUUUUUGAGGAAGUUUAGAAGAGAAUCUCCCUAUAAUAACUUUGGCCUCAGUUUUAAAUAUGUCAAAAGACAGGCUGCCAUUUAGCCAUUACCAACAUAUUCAGAGUUUAUAUGAUUAAGGGCAGUGAAAUAAGAACAAAAUUAAUUAUUUUCAAAUUAGAUUUCAGAGUUAGACUAUUUGAAUUAAAUUGAAAAGAUGAGCUAGAAGUCAAAAGUAGUUUUGACCCCAUGAGAUUGUUCUCUUUAAAGAUUAAAGAGCUAAAAAUCGAUUGUUUUUACUUUGAAACUAACAUCCUUUAAUCCUGGUAUUUAAUACUUAAAGGUAGUUCUUAAGAAAAAGCAUGCACUUAAUUCAUUGUAAUAAUGAUAAUAGAUGAUUCAGGCAGCAGAAUAUUUUGUUCCAUUAUGUAAUUUCUUAUGCCCAAUGUUUUCAAGUUACAUGUUCAUUUCACCAUAAAGUACCCAUUUUGUAUACAUAAGGAUUAUUUUAAAAAGUCAAGUGCAUGUUGGAAAAUGGUUUCAAAAAUAUAGUCAAAAUGCAAUCUUUUACUUUUGGCAUCUUGACAGAUGUGUUAAUCUCGAUGGUUUUUCAUUUUACUAUACACUUUGCCACUGAAAAUGGUUUAAAAGUGUUUUCCUUUUUUGUUUCUAUAUACUUUACCUUGGUGUUUACACUGUUAAGGCUUGUCAGCCAAUUUUUGCUAGUUUUUUUCUUAGGCUUGUUUGGAACUAUUUGUGUUAAUGUUUACCAGUUUUGAUUUUGUUAUGUUUUUGAGAAAAAUGCUUUUGUUAUUAAUGUUGUAAGAUGUAAUACAAAAUGUAUAUGUUCUAAACUUAAGUAGGACUUUUUAAAGAAUAAAUUAUUUGUUUGGCUUAUUGUUAGGAGGUUCAGAUUAGUGACCUCUAGGUUGCAUGUACAUGCAAACUUGAAAGGUAAAAAAAAAAAAAAAAAGUAUGAAGUUCUUGUUAGUGUUAAUGUUUUCCGACUUAG